AUCUCACCACAAAAAGAAAUGCCGCGAAACAUCCUUUUCCUCACCAACAGCGAGCUCGGUCAAGCCAAUGUGACCCUCGCGGUGGCCGAGGAAUUCCUCGGCCGUAACGAAUUUUCCGUCCACAUCGCUUCCUUUGCACCGCUAGCACGGUUGGUAAGCGACUUGAAUCAACGAAUGUCUUGUCCCCAGUCGGCGAAAUUCCACGAAAUAUAUGGACCUUCCAUGGAAGAUCUGGCUGUCCGUAGCGAGGUCGGCUUGAUGGACCACAAACCAGGGGUCGUGGGCGCGGUUCAGGGCUUUCAAAAGGUUCGUGUAGUGAUGUCAAGUUGGACAUCUUCAGAAUAUGGUAAGGCUUUCCAAAGCUGCGUGGAUCUUUUAAAUGAGCUUCGCCCUGCUGUGGUGGUGGUUGAUCCAAUCCUUCAUGUUGGCUUGAAUGCGUGCCAGAGCGUUGGAUCUCGUGUCGCUGUGCUGUGGCCGGUUCCGCUUAAAGACGUGGUGAUAUUGAAUCAGCCAAAUGCAGCUUUUCUGUGGAAAUACCCCAUGACUGGAUCUGGGUAUUCAUAUCCCCUUCCUUGGACGCUGAUACUUCCAAAUAUGUAUUUGGCGCUUCGUGCGGCGCUGGCCUUGAGUACGAGGGACCCUGCUUCGGGAACGGGAGCCGUAGAGAAAGGCUCAAAGGAAGGGAGCCCAUUUCCCUUGACAAAUGCAUAUCAGAAGGACUCGCUGCAUUUGACGCCCGCAUUUCGAGAAAUGGACUUCCCAUUAUAUGUACCAGAGAAUAUUGUGAGUUGUGGGCCGAUUCUCCGGUCUUAUCAGUCACUUGAGGAAAAGGAUCCUGAGAUGGCAGCUUGGCUCACCAAGUCCACCAUCCUUAUCAGCCUUGGAUCCCAUGCGAAACCGACAGAAGAUGUUGCUAUUGAAAUGGCAAAAGCCAUUCAGAGGGUACUCGGUAAUCAUACUGAUCAUCAAGUAUUAUGGAAGCUACGAUACGAGUGGAAGACCUCGGUAGCUUUUCAAAAGAUUCUUGGGGCAUUCCUAGAUUCCGGAUCUGUGAAAAUAGUGCCUUGGAUUCAAGCUGAUAUCAUCACUGUUCUUGAAACUGGAAAAAUUGCGGUAUAUGUUCAUCAUGGAGGUGCAAAUUCAUACUUUGAGGCAUGCAAAGUGGGAGCUCCCCAGGUCAUCCUCCCUCAGUGGCUUGACACAUAUGACUGUGCGACAAGAGUCGAGUGGUUGGGUAUAGGAGUCCACGGAAGUCGCAAGGCAGCCCCCGGCAUCAACGCCGCGGAAUUUUCCCAGGCACUAGAGGCAAUAUUGCGCGAUAAAACGAUCCAGGCUAAGGCCGCCAAUAUGCGAGACGUUUGCAAAACGACGGAGGGGCGUAUUUUAGCCCACGACAGAAUUGCGGAUUUCGCGCUUUGA